AUGACUUCGUCCGCCGCCGACCCUCAGGCGGACCAACAUGGCCUGAACCUUGACUUGGCAGCGCUGGCCGAGUUAAACCCCGAUCCCAGCACCCCAUUGCCUGCCCCCGACCCCGGCGGCGGUGACACGGCCUCACAAAACCCCGACGUAUUACCACCGGAAAACCACAUUGACGCCGAUCCUGUAAUUGCCGACGCACCAGCACUAGCACCAGCACCAGCACCAGCAUCAGCAUCUGCCUCUACCCCCACCCCCGUCGAGCCCAUCACACCAGUCCAGCACGACCAGCGACCAAGCCUUAGCCGCCGCGGUAGCACUGUUGAACCCAACGCGAUCCCCUUUGCCUCGGCCAGCGAGGCCUCCCGCAUGCGCAACGUCAUCUCGAGCAAUUCGUUCAACAUGAUGGCGUUUGCCCAAAUGUCCUCGCCUCACCCCAUGGCCAUGGGCCAUAUCGCGCCGCCUUCCAUCGUCACCCCUUCCCAAGUCACCCUUCCCAUUCCGGGCGAGGGCGUGGACGGCAUGCCCGGCGCCUUGUAUCCCCUCGUCUCGGCAGAAGAGGGGCUGGAGUCCUUUGCGCGCAUAGAAUUUGCCGACAGCGUCUUUCAAAUGACGACGUACUCUGUCAUCAUCGGCCGCGACCAGCGCGCCAUGGAUCAGGCUAAACGAGACGAGCGGCGAGCCGAGGAAUAUCGUCGCGUCACCGAGGAACGCUUAGCCAUGGGCCUACCACCGCCCAGUCCCAUAAUGCAAGAACGUAACCGAAAAUUCAGUAAAUCCUACGUCAGCGAGGAGGGCGGCAUGCUCGGCCCCGAAUCCGAUGGCGAAUCGGCGACACGGCCGCAAAAGAAGAGGAAACGGACGCGUUCAACAGGCUCGUCCCAAAACGACGUCGAAGGUCAGGAAGAACAACAGCUUAUCAUGGACCGGCAAUAUGUAUCCCACACGCCUGGUGCAGCCGCCGUCGACCUCAAAUCCCUCCGCCCCUCCCCUCACCACACCCCCUUUAUCGGUAUCCACUCUCCCGGGCCCGACAUUGCCAGCAAAACCAAGGCCAUUUCUCGAGAACAUCUCAAGAUCCAGUUCAACGCGAAAAAGAACGCGUUCGAGGCCAUCCCUCUACAUAAAAAUGGAUUCUUCUGUGACGAAGUCCACUACCGGCAGGAGAGCGUUGUCUUGAAGAGCGGAGCGCGACUGCAAAUCAAGGAUGUGGAUUUUACUUUUAUAAUAAAUGGUGUUGAGCGCGGACACACCGGCGCUGAAGAUCUCGACGACGGACCCAAGCGGAGCGACGAGCUCUCCGACCUCGUCGGCAGCCCACCAGACCUAUCGGACGAAGGGGAUCUAGACGGUGAUUCAGAUGGCAAUGAGGACGACUCAUUAAGAGGGGAACAGGCGUUAGAGCAGCCGCCAAAGAGGCGCGGCCCCGGACGCCCGCCAAAGGAUGGCAUCAUGUCGAAGCGCGAGAGGAGAGAAAUGAACAAGAGAGAACAGGAGAAGGAAAGGUUACGCCAACUGGAGGAGCAGGCGGCCACCGGGGAGAUCCCCGCCAAACGAAAGGUAGGGCGGCCUAGGAAACACCCUGUCCCCGAGAGCGCAGAUGGCAAGCCGGAGAAGAGAAAGUAUAAACCGAGGAAGCCCAAAGGCGAGGACGAAGGGUCGGAGGCGGAGCGGAGAAGAGAGAGGAAGGAGAGAAGGUUGGCGAGACCCAAGUCGCCGCCGCUCAAACUUCGCCGCGAGGAUUUCACCGAAGAACAGUUGGCUAAGCCGAACAAAAACUACGGCAUCCUGAUCGACGAGGUCCUGAGGGAAGCGGGGCCGGAUGGCUUGAUUCUCAAGCAAAUCUACAACCGCAUCUCGGCGAAAUACCCAUUCUACCACUUUUGCACGGAGACAAAAGGCUGGGAAAGCAGUGUACGGCACAAUCUUAUUGGCAAUAGUGCCUUCCGCAAGGAUCCCAAGUCAGGAGCAUGGACUCGCGUCCCGGGCAUCGAGCUCGAUGCCGGCAAGAAGCGCAAGGGAGACGCGGCGGCGGUGGAAAGGGCGGCAGCUGCAGCGGCCGCCGCAGCUUCGGCCGCCGCCGCCGUCGCAGGCGGGCAGCCGUAUGCCACGGCUUACGGAAAUCGCGUAUACCCCGCAAUCUCAGAAACUCCCUUUGGCACCCAACAAGGCGACGCCAACGCCCAGCUAUACGUUCCUGGAGCACAAUUACCCGUGGGUGCAGAUCCGCUACUCCAGCAGGGAGCUGCUACCAAUUCAGCUCCAGGAACGCUUGGUCAGCAACAUGGCGUGGCCGGGUCCGCCGCUGCCACUGCGGGCGCCCAGGCCCCUCAAGGCCAAGUACAAACAGCGGCCAUGGCACACGGGCAAGGCCACGGGCUAGCAAACGGAGGGCAAAACUACGCCCUUGUGCCUGGGCAGGUUGCACCGGCGACACCAGGCCAGAGGCCGCAGGCAAACGGCCUCCAGGGAGCGGCGGCAGCGGUGCCAGGAGGCUUGGCCACAGGGACUGUUCCGCAGGGCAUCUACGGAACACAUGCACAAAGCGUCAACCCGGCUCAGGGCGUCCCUCAGCAAGCAAACGGCGUCGGAGCAACCCUCGCUGGCGCACCCCAGGCACAAAUUGUUCGGCCGAGCGUCCUGCCGCGCCCCGCUCUCAUGCACCCACAGCUCAUCACUUACAUCAAGAAGUUUGCCCAAGAUUUGUGCAAACAUGCCGAGCUGGAUCGCCGCUGGAUCUUCUCUGCCAUCAACCGCGCGCUAGCGCUGAAGCCUCGUCAUACUCCCGGUCCGUCCAAGUCCAUGUCGCUGAGCGAAGCCCUAGAGAGGAGGCUCGUAACUUCGAGGACGGCGCAGACGCCCACGGCUGCAGCGGGGAGUGAGGCCAACCCGGGGCAGGAAAAGAACAAGGAGCAAAGGCAAGAGAAAGACCGGGAGAUGGGUGAACUGAUGAUGCUCUCCUGUUUCGAUAGGUUGGUAGGCGUGAUGGACCGAAGCGUGUUCGAUUGGAUCAAGGAAGAAGGGGUGAGCGCAGCAGAGGAGGAAGAGCUGAGGAAGUGGACAACAGCGGAGGCGCAACUCAUGCCGAUUGUCAAGGAAUACGUGACAAAGAUGGGGUUCACACUCCCGACAUGA